AUGUCUCCGUUGGAGAUGCUGACCGCGUACCGCAACCCGGGCAAGAAGGCGUGGAAACCACGCGCCCAAGUGGGAAUGAUCGUCGGUAAGAACGACGAGACGAAGGGGUACAAGGUCUAUUUACCAAAAUAUAGGAUCGUCAUCACAACGCAGCAUAUUAAGAAUGUUGAAACGCUCGACAACAAGCAGAACGAACAGCUGCAACCGCAGCUUGAACGUGAGGACCCUGAUCUGCCACGCGCUGUGGAGGAGCGCGAGGAGGCUGCAAAACGAAGGAGCCGGCGCUGGAUGCCGAUGAUGCAAUACCUGUGA